AUGGCCGCUAGCAACAGUAUUUUUCUUUACAUUACGGAGGGACGGACGUUAUGGGUACCCGGUCAUACACCCGCACCAGGAGAAAAUAAACCGGUUCACAUCCUCAACUUCGCAACCCCUCGGGAACUCUCACGCUCUUUUUAUUUAUUUGAUAUGCCUAUUCAACUUGUGCAGGAUGCACAAACCGCAGCAAUGAUUCCUGGUGGAAAGACACCUGAAGAUGUUAUUAUUGCCGUGAAUGAAUUUCGUCGUGUGUGUACAGAAGAUCAGGAUUUCUUACUGCGGAGAUGCUAUGAUGCUAACAAACCGCCACCACCUCAGCAACAGCAGCAACCACAACCACAACCACAACAAGCCCAACAGCAACAACAAAUGGUACUUGCAGGUGGAGGUGGUAUUGGGGAUUCCUUUGCUUUACAGCAAAACCCUUCAUUAAAUGUUGCUCAAACUAAUCCAAACCAAGCAUUCCUUCUUCAGCUUCUUCAGCAACAGCAGCAACAACGUAUGGCAAUGAUGCCGCAAGUUUCUCCUUUGCAACAACCCCCGCCAAUGACAUUUAACCGUGGACCCAUGAUGGGAGUUGGUGGAAGCAUGAUGAUGAACAAUGGUGGGAUGAUGAUGCCUCCCAAUCUCCCAAUGAUGCCUAAUAACAAUAAUAGUAAUUACGGUAAUCCUAUGAUGUCUUUUGGUCGCGGUGCUGGACUCAUGCCGGCACCAAAUAACACAUGUUCUGUUUUUCCUGCGAUGGGACCGGGAUCUAUGCAAACAAUGGUGGGCGGUCGUGGUAUGGGUCGUGGUGGUCGAAUGAUGAAUAAUGCAUUCCAGGCACCUGUACGUGAACAACCAGAGCCAUUGCCUGUAUUAGCACCUAUUCCAGAUGAUAUUCUUGAGAUUUAUAUGAAUCCACAGCAUAAGUUAAUGUGUGCAACAAUGCCAGGACCACGUUGUACAGUUUGGCUACGUGAAUAUGAAAUUCCUACAGAUACAAGGAAUCCAAGAUAUGUUUUCUGUAAAGGGGGUAUUGUAUUGAUGCUAAAAACCAAGGGAACAGAGAUUGAAAAAAGUAAACCCGUUGAAUUAUUUGAACAGCAGGUAUGUGCACACUUUCUUAUUCAUAACUAUUGUUCACGUACAAAUUGUCUCCAUCGACAUCACACGGAGGCACAAUUACGGCAACUCAUUGCAAGUAAACAUGUGGAGCUGAAGAGCAUGACAAAGAAAGAACGUCACCGCCUCAGUGAACUUGUACUUGAAAAGGACCGGGAAGGACUCGCACGUGCUGCUGAAGAUCGUGAACAACGCGCAAAGGAACGUAUGGAACAGGCAAAACGACGGGAAGCUGCAGCCAGUAGUAGUUCCACUACUACAAAUAAUACCAAAAAUAAUACCAAUGAUAGUAAGAAUAAUGAUAGUAGUAAUAAUAAAGAUCGUAACAAGGAUGAUAAUACUACUACUACCAUUGGUUCCACUGAUGGUUCCCGUACACUCCCUAUGUGCGGUCAUGUUGGUGGCUCAGAUGAUGAGGAUGAGAGUGCCAAUGGUAAUGAUGACAAGACCAACACUAAUGGUAUUACAUCUAAUGGGUCCAGUGAUAAGAAGGAUAUUUCUCAUAAAUCAGGCGAAAAACAAACUGGAAAACAGGAAAAUAAGCCCGGUAACAGAAAUCGUGCAGAUCCCGCAGGAGGACCAUCACGACGAUCCGCUCCCUUCUCCUCACGUAGAGUUCAGAGUACCGUGGAUAUUGGCGUUACCGACAGUGAAGAUGAUGAUGAUGAUGAUGAUGAUUCCUCCUCAUCCGCAUCCUCAUCCUCCUCAUCUUCAUCUUCAUCUUCCAACUCAUCUAAGAGAAUAAAUGAGGUGGUGAAUAAGGAGAAUGAUAAGGAAAAGAAAGAGAAAGAGGUGGAGGAGGUGGAGGAAACCACAACAACAACAACCGCAAUUUCAGGAAUGCAGUCUACUGAGGCGCAUGAAGAGAAGGACGCCGCCCACAGUGAAACAGCAGCAGUUUCUAUGGAAGUAACGGCGGAGCAAACAGCGGUGGUCCAAAAAGAAGAAGAAAAAGAAGAAAAAGAAGGAGAAAAUCAUGUGGAGAUACCCGCAAAGAAUGAGAAGGCCAAUAAUGAUCACAAGACUGAAAAAACAACAGUGUUGAAGCAGCAUCAGAAGAAGACGAAAAGGAAGGAAGAAGAAAAAGAAGAAGGGAAAGAAAAAGAAAAGGAAAAGGAAGGAGAAAAGAAGAUAUCAGUUGUAGUGGAAGAAAACAAAGAUAAGAGGGAUGAUAAGAAUGAAGAAGAAAAACAGCACCAAUCACAACAUGAAGAAGAACAAGAAGAAGAGGAAGAAGAGCAAGAACAACAACAACAAGUUGAAGUGAUGGAAUCCUCUGAUGCUGUUAAUAAACCUGAUGAGAGUGAAAAUGAAGAAGAAACUAAUGCUAUGGAUGAAAAGAGAAAGAAAGCGAAACCAAGAGGAAAGAAUGGCGCUGCCAAACACGGGCGCUCAAAAUCACCAAAGAGGACUGUGGCCAAAAGUAAAAGAACGAGGAAAUAA